AUGCAUUUGAUGAGUAACUAUAUCUUCCAUAAGCCUCAAGAUAACUUUGUUAGCAAAAUUACUUGUAUGAAUUUCAAUUCGAUAUUUAGUCUUUUAAUUUACGGCAAUACCAACAAAGAUCACUUAUUUAAAUACUUGCAACUACAGUCUCUCAAAGCCAUUUCAGCUAUUCAUGACGUUGAUGCUGACAAUAACUGUGGUUUUCGUGCGGUGAAAGAUGACAUGCUUGCUACAUACAUGAAGUACAAAGACACUCUGUACAAAGCCAUUGUCACUUCUGAAGCCUCUGCCAAAUAUGAAGAGCAAAAGACGAUCAAUAGAUUUCAGUCUAAAGCAUUUUCUUGUCUUAGUAGCUCUGAAUUAUGGUUCUCUACCUUCACCUGCCCACAAAUUGUAGCCUAUGUUUAUGAAAAGCCUGUUCUUGUAUACAGCUACAUUGAAAAUAUGCUUAAAAAAGCUCGUCAACACUGA